AUGAUCAACGGAAUUUGGAACCAGGUAUCAUCUACUAUUGGCAUGGCAUCGCCGUUGACCGAUGCCAGAGAUAACGCGCUCAAUUCUGCGAGUCCUAGGAGGAAUCAGAAUCUUCAGGAGUACGAGGUCACGAUGGAGUCCACAAGAAGCGAUAGUCCACCCUCGUCACCCUUUGUUCCGAAUGUGUCAUCAGACUCGUUGGAAGAGCGCGAAAAUCUCUCACCUAUCAAAACCUCUCGACUCUCAGCAAAAAGUCCAAUUGGCCGGGAACAUACCUCCCCUUUAAAGAUGCUAAAGAGUCGCACAUCACCUACGUCAACAUCGCGGUCUCCCCGCAAAGACCAAUCGCCCACAAGAAGUCCGCGAAAGCUCUCAUCGCCAGAGAAAAGAUUCCCCGUUAAACCUUCAUCGCCAAUCAAAGUCGCACCUUCGCCCGUCAAAAUGGCCUCGCCCGAGAAACAUACUACAGUUAUGGAGCAGAGCCUCAACAUUGAGGAUGUUUUGAGAGACAACGAGGGUCUUACGAAAGCAAUUGAGAUACUGGAAGACGGGGAUAGCGACGAUGACCAACCUUCGGACAAUACAAUGUUGACGACUGUCGGCGGAGGCCAGGGACAUAAUGAAGAAGUCAGCAUGGACGACACGAUGGUCAGCACAUUCAGCGAAUUUUCCGCUGUCCCAGAUAUGACUAUGUUUGCAAAGAUAGGACAUAGUCCCACGAAAUUCGCUGAAUUAGGACCUACUCCAAGACGACCUCAGAUGAACACUCCAGCGACUCUUCGGCGACCAGCAACGCGUGAUCGAUCUCCAUCUCCCACACCUAGAGGUCACAGUUAUGGAAGGAGUAAAGAUGAGGGAAACACAACGAAUCUGAUUCUUGACUUCACUGAACAAUUCAAUGGAUUCGCAGGACGCGCACAAGGUCAAUCUCCGACAAGACAGGCAAGACAAUCUCCAUUAAAGAGCAGCACGAUGCCAGACCUCUCUUGGGCAUCAACCCCCUCCGUGAACAGACACACCAUGUCGAAUCUUCUAGACUUCGAUAUUCCUCCCGCGCCUACACCAAGAAGCCUGCCUUCAAUAACACCACGAGAACUCGAAAGUCUCAAGUCGAACUUUUUGUCGGAAAUCAGCAGUUUAAAAGCUUCUCUAAGCGGGAAGGAGGCCGAGGUCCAGUCUCUGAAAACUGCUGUUGGGGAUGCCGAGAAACGUGUUGGAGAAUGCAUGGAACAGGUUCGCGAGGAGAGGAAUCUCAAGGAACAACUGGCAGCUGACAAGGAAGACUGGGAGAAGCGGGGUAGGGAGAUGGAAGCUGUUCUGAGAAAUGUAAAGGAGGAAAUUGUACAUGGGGAGCGGGAGCGUGAUGAGCUAGAGGGACGGUUGGAGGAGAGUGAGAGGAGGAGGGAGGCCGCUGAGAUCAUGGCACAAGAGGCCGAGAGCAAAAUGGCUGCCAUGAAAGCAGGAAAGACGCCAUCCAGUCCAGGACACAGUAGCUCCAAGUCCGGGGAAUGCGGUUGUGGAGGGCGAGCUGUUGAAAUUGCUGUUGAAAAGGUAUCCAGAGAACUACAUACCUUGUACAAGGAGAAACACGAGACGAAGGUUUCAGCACUGAAGAAGAGUUACGAGCGUCGCUGGGACAAGAAGAUCAUGGAGCUCGAGAACCAAGUUGAGGACCUCAGCAAGGAGAACGAGGAGCUGAAACUCGGACGCGACACAACUAUGACAAGAGUCGAACCCAAGAGCUCUCUAGAAGUCACACAAGAUCUCGAGAAAGCAGCAGCUCGAGAUGCAAAGACGAAAGAACUUGAGGCCGAGCUUGAGGGUCUCGCGCAAGAGAUAAAAAGUGUGAAGCAUGACAAUAACGACCUCCGUAAGCUCUUAGACGAAGAACGAGUUGAGAAGAGCAAGCUUGUCCAAGCUGUUGACGAGAUGAUACCUCUUGUAGCAGCGUUCGACGACAUGCUCGCCAACAUGGACUCAGCCCCAGCAAACCUCCCAGAGUCCGCACCAGCUCCGCCGACUCCAAGCCAGAAACACUCCAGUGUCGAAAACCUCCGCGGAAGCAUUUCCAGAGCUUCAGGCCUUCGAGCACCAACUGGUAUUGCUAAGCCAGGAGAGAGCCGCAUCGGUCGAGGUGGCUUUGGUGCACCUGCUCCAGCUGGGAGCAGUCGUGAGAGAAGCGGCAGUGGCCAGGGUGGUAACCGUCCAGGCAGUGGAAUGGGAUAUCGCAGCGGUAUAAUGAGCUCCAUCGAGAAGAUGGGGAGCUACAAGGGGAGAGGGGAGUGA